AUGUUUUCGUUUUCGUGCCCGUUGAUUUUCUGGCGCUCAGGCGCUUUCGUGUCAUUAAUUGGUAUAAUCCUUGUUGCAUGCGUCAUGCAAGUGUCCGUAACCGCGGCGAGUGUAGGACAAUCAUCAUCACCACCGCAGCUGCAACAACAACGACAACAGCAACACUUAGACAACAUGUUGCGUGAUGCCGCCUACAAUAAAAACAUUGCCAACAUUCAAUUGCUAAGUGAUAAUGAUGUUGCUGCUGUCGAUGAACUAGUAGAUGGCGAAGAUGAUGCUAAUUAUAUCGGUGAUAAUUUUGGCAACGAAUUUACCGCUGCUUCACAACGCUCCGCUAGCGAUGAGUCAUCCAGUGUUGAGCUGUUACGCUUUGUAGACGAACGCGAUGAUGCAAUGCUGCUACAUGCAACAACCACAGAGCGUGCAAUAGUGGGAAGCAGCAGCACCACCACCACUUCCACUACCACCCCGGCCGCACCACAGCAAGAGACAAAUGAUAAUGCGCUUCCACUAGCAGAGCAGGUGCAAUUACUUUCCAAACAGUUAAACGCGCUGAUGAUGCGUCGCCGUGAGGAUUACGAGCUGCUCGAGCAUAGUUUACGCAAAUCAUUGCGCAUGGGCGGAACUGCAAGUGAUGCAGCUGCUAGUGAUGCAGAUGUACGCUCCGAAUUGCAGGAUUUGCGUCGCGAAGUCGCCGCAUUGCGUGAGGGUCACCUAAGUGGCAACAAGGAGCGUCUCACUGUUGAGUGGUUGCAACAAUCUAUCGCCGAGAUACGAAAACAACUCGUGGAGUUGCAAGAACUUGGCAGCGAUACCAGCAAGAGUAUUAGUCAUCGCACACAAGGCUACGAGGACUUAGCUACGAUACGGAAUGAUUUUGCACAACUUAAAUUGGAGGUGGCCGCCCUUAGGGAGCGUCAGCAGCAAAAUGAAGUAUUUAUAGGGGAGUUACGUGAGGAAUCACUACAGCAGGAGGAAGACUACAAGCGUUUGCUAUUGCGUGCUGCAGAGUCACCAGCCAAUGUCAAGGGAAUGCAACCGAAGUCAGAAUUGGUGUCAGGGAAGCAGCAGCAGCAGUCGAGUGAAAUCGAUGCGGAAAAUAAUGAGUUAACCAACGACCCACUAUCUGCUGAUCACAAACGCCGUCAUUGCCGCUUCCAACGUCAGCAAAUGCACGAGCUUCAACUAGCACAACGCUCACUCAAAUCUCAAUUAAAUGAACUGAAGUAUCAUCGUAUUGGCGAGCGAGUGCGUAGCUUGGAAAUUGAACAGCAUCGCAUGGCCGAUGCAAAUUUCAAUUUGAGUCGACAAAUUGCCUCACUCGAUAAAUUGCACACUUCAAUGUUAGAGCUGCUCGAAGAUGUCGAGAGUUUGCAAACGAAAAUCGACAAAAACAUACCAGAAUUGAGGCAUGAAAUAUCCAAAUUAGAAUUCUCUAGUGCACAGCUUACCGCCGAACAAAGUUUGUUGCGUGAAGAGGGCAAGAAUGUUGCACGUUCAGUGCAAGCUAUGGCUGUGAGUAUAAGCACACUGCAGGAUGAACGAGAUGGUAACAAACAGUUGCAGGUGGCAGUGGCACAGCUGCGAGGCAAAUUGGAUCGCCUCGAGAGUGUUUCACAGGAUAUUCAGCGUGCGGUGAUGCAACAGCAGCAACAUCGCAGCGAGGAGCACAAGUUACACCACUCAUACCAAAAACACAUACAUCACAAUCACCAGCAUCGUGGAAGUAACAGUAACAAUAAUCCCAGCAGCAACGCUUUAAAUACUGCAGCAGCCACACGCGACACCGAGUCGCUUGUCGCAAAACUGGAAAACGUCGAGGAGCAAUAUGAGUCCAUUAUACAAAAUCUCCCACAGGAUUGCACUGAAGUGCCGAACGGAAGUGAAGCCGGUCUCUUUAUGAUUUCACCAGCCGGCCAGCAGCGACCGCGCACGGUACAUUGCACCGCAGACGGUUGGACCACUGUACAGCGACGUUAUGAUGGCAGCGCCGACUUUAAUCGUUCUUGGGCUGAUUACGCAGCCGGCUUUGGACAACCUGCCGGAGAAUAUUGGAUUGGCAAUGAACAACUACAUCAUUUGACGCGGAACAAUUGCACUCAGCUACGUGUACUCAUGCAGGACAUCUAUGAUAAUGUUUGGCUUGCUCAAUAUGAUCAUUUUUAUGUUUCUUCUCGCGCCGAUGGUUAUCGUUUGAAUACCGCCGGCUACAACGGCAAUGCCUCCGAUGCGCUUGACUAUCAGCAAGGCAUGCAGUUCUCGGCGAUCGAUGUGGAUCGUGACAUCUCACAGACGCACUGUGCCGCAAACUAUGAGGGUGGCUGGUGGUUCUCGCAUUGUCAGCACGCCAAUCUAAAUGGACGCUACAAUUUGGGCUUGACUUGGUUCGAUGCAGCGCGCAAUGAAUGGAUUGCCGUCAAAUCCAGUCAAAUGCUAAUCAAACGUCAAGCGGCGAAUCAGUGUAGCGCGCAAAUGGCAGCUGCGGAAGUGACGACGACAUAUUUACCUGCAUCUUCGUCAACGCCACCGUUGCCGGCGGCGCCCGCAAUUGGCCAUCUGAUGGACGUAACGCGCACGGGGGCAAUGCCUGUAGCGGCGACAGCCAAAGUGACAGCAACAAAGCGGCCAGGGUACUCGCCGGCAACGAUAGCGACUAACGCUUCCGCGGCGCGCCUUUAAAGCAACAUUUAACUUAACAAUAGAGAAAAAUAAAAACAAACACGAAAAAACUGGAUAAUGUGCGUGCCACCACAGUCAUUUCUGCGGCAGUUUGCGUGUGCAGUGCGUUUGUUGAUGUAUAAAUAUAUGUAAAUAUUUUCGUUCGUGUAGUGCACUCAUAGGAGCAUGCAUGGGCAAAUGUAUGCCGAGAACUGAUAUGAAUUUUUGAGCACUGAGCAAAAAUAUUCCGUGCUCUACAACAUAGUCCAUAGUCCAAAGUUACUAAUGUAAUUAAGUGUGUGUAUGUUUGUAUGUGUGUAAGUGUAAGUGGUUAGGAUCAAUGGUACAUAGAGUUGGUUAUUAGUUUUUUUUGUAAAUAACUACUCAGUACUGGCCUCUGAACAGUCCACUAAGCUAUAGACGAAUUGAAUGAAGCUCAUUAGGUUAGGAAAUGUAAUAUAUGAGUACGUUUGUAUUUGAAAUGAAGUGAGCUUAUUCAAACAUUAUUGAAACGCAGAUAAGAUAUUACAUAGAACUCAAGCAUUUUUCCACUCUUUGUUUUUUUCUGAUGAAAUGUUAAUAUUAAACAUAAAAUCAAUUGCUACUUGCGCCAGCCGUGAAGGAAGGAGAGACAGUGGUAGCAGCCAACAGGUCUCUCUUACACACACAAGUAUAGUUAUUAUAACUUUUUUAAUAACUUAAUCAUGUUGGAGAUAAAUCACUGAAAGCAGCUAAACAUUUUUUUCUUUUUAACUUUAUGAGACUUACAGCAUAAUAUUGUAUUUCCACCUAGUCUUAAACGCAGCUUACGCUUUACUACAGUUAAACAUACCAUUUUAAUA